GGUCAGUGUGUUUUUUCUCUCACCAAGGGGAAACAUGAAGUUGUUCAUCCUGUUGGCUCUGUUUGGCCUCGGCCUCGCCCAGCACAACCCGAAUACCAAGCACGGCAGGACUAGCAUCGUUCACCUGUUUGGAUGGCGCUGGGCGGACAUCGCUGCAGAGUGUGAGCGCUUUUUGGGUCCUAAUGGCUUUGGUGGAGUUCAGAUCUCUCCUCCAACUGAGCACAUCGUGCUGGAUAGUCCCUGGAGACCGUGGUGGCAAAGAUACCAACCAGUCGGGUACAAUCUGUGCUCCAGAUCAGGCAGCGAGAGUGAGCUGAGAGACAUGAUCACCAGAUGCAACAACGUUGGGGUCAAUAUCUAUGUGGACAUUGUCAUCAACCACAUGUGCGGCUCCGGCGGUGGAGAGGGAACCCACUCUUCAUGUGGAAGCUGGUUCAGCGCUACCAGGAAGGACUUCCCCAGUAUCCCGUAUUCCCAGUCCGACUUCAAUGACUACAAAUGCAAAACUAGCAAUGGGGAAAUUCAGAACUACGAUGAUGCCAAUCAGGUGCGUAACUGUCGCCUGGUGGGUCUGUUGGACCUCGCCUUGGAGAAAGAUUAUGUCAGGGGCAAGGUGGCCAACCUUUUGAAUAAGCUGAUUGACAUGGGAGUCGCUGGAUUCAGAGUGGAUGCCUGCAAGCACAUGUGGCCCGGUGACCUGUCUGCCGUCUACGGUCGUAUGCACAACCUCAACACUAAGUGGUUCCCUAGUGGCUCCAGACCCUUCAUCUUCCAGGAGGUUAUUGAUUUGGGAGGUGAGUCCAUCUCGGCUAAAGAGUACGUCCAUCUGGGAAGGGUGACUGAGUUCAAAUAUGGUGCCAAACUGGGAAAUAUUUUCAGAAAGUGGAAUGGCGAGAAGCUGUCUUACACCAAGAACUGGGGAGAGGGAUGGGGUUUCAUGUCCAACGGCAAUGCUCUGGUCUUCGUUGACAACCACGACAACCAGAGAGGCCAUGGUGCUGGCGGUGCCUCUAUUGUUACCUUCUGGGACCCCAAGCUCCACAAGAUGGCUGUCAGCUACAUGCUGGCCCACCCUUACGGAGUAACCAGGGUGAUGUCUAGCUUCCGCUGGGACCGCCACUUUGUCAACGGAAAGGAUCAAAAUGACUGGAUGGGCCCCCCCAGCAAUAGCGAUGGAUCCACCAAGUCUGUUCCCAUCAAGGCUGACCAGACUUGUGGAGAUGGAUGGGUGUGUGAGCACAGAUGGCGUCAGAUCAAGAACAUGGUUAUUUUCCGCAACGUGGUCAACGGACAGCCUCAUUCCAACUGGUGGGACAACCAGAGCAACCAGGUUGCCUUUGGACGUGGUAACCGUGGUUUCAUCGUCUUCAACAAUGAUGACUGGAACCUGGACGUGACCCUUAACACUGGCAUGCCAGGAGGCACCUACUGUGAUGUCAUUUCUGGUGAGAAGAAGGGAAGCAGCUGCACUGGGAAGCAGAUCCAGGUUGGUGGUGAUGGACGCGCCCACUUCAAAAUCAGCAACAGAGACGAGGACCCUUUUGUUGCUAUUCACGCCAACUCUAAGUUGUAAAGGAAAUAUACAACAAAAAAUAAAUCAUAUCAUCAGAUGAAUCCUAUAUUUUGUCAUUCAUUUUAAAAUCACGUCAAACCUAUAGAUGGAUUGCAUUGUAGUUGCCACUGUUACUUUUCUGUACAUGUGUGUUAAAUAGGUUUUUUCUAUCCUAUAUUUGUAAGGUGUGUACACAGUUUGACGCAUGAUAGAAGGAAGAGAUAGUGAGUAACGUUAGAUAACUUCAGAGCACUCAAUCAAAUCAAAGAACAAUUGUAAAGGUCAGUUUCCAAGUUGGAGCAAAUGCAUAGUUCAUGUUCCACUUUUACCAUCAAUAAACACUACUGCAAACCAAA